AUGGGUGGAAGUGGGGGUGAGGGUUUUGGUGAAGAAAAUGAAUUUGUGGGUGGUAGAGGGAACAAUGGUUUGGAGGCUGGAGUGGGUGUUGUUGUUGAUGGGAAAGAAGGUGAAUUUUCAUGUGGGUUGGUGAAGGAUGAAGAUGGGGUGAAAAUUGACAAAAUUCAAUGUUCUGGUGGACCCCCAUUUGUUUAUGAAGGUGUGGAAUCUGGUAAAGGUUUGUUUUUUAAAUUUAAUGGUGGUGUUCAGAAUGGGGUGGAAAGUGUUGCUGAAUGUGAGGAGGUAAAAAAUGUUGCUUUGGUGAAUUCAAGUAGUGCUGUUGUGGAGGAGGAUGACAGCGAGAUGGAGGAGGCUAGUUUGGUUCGAAAAGAUCGCGUCGAAGAUUCUCAGCCCUCAGAAGUUGCAACCUACAAAUUACAGGAUUCUGUUCCGUUCAUGGAUGUCGAUGCCAAGGAGUCUGUGUGUGUGAAAGACUUGUCUACAACAAGUCCCCUUGAGCUGGAAACUUCACAUGAGUUGAAACAGCCAACCUUGCAGGUGGAUUUGAUUCAGAAUCGAACCGCAGAAUUCGGCGUUGCUGGUGGAGCAGGUCUUUCUGAGAAUGUAAGACAUGAGUAUCAUGGCUUCAAUCUUGUUGUAGACUUCAAUGCUUAUGCAAACAUGCAGGAGGUUGGCAUGUAUGGGGAAACUGUGUUUUCAGAACCGAACUAUCGUGUAUCUGAUUUAGUUUGGGGAAAGGUGAAGGGUCAUCCCUGGUGGCCUGGUCAGAUCUUUGAUCACUCGGCUGCGUCUGAGAAGGCAAAGAGGCAUUUUAAGGAGGACUGUUACCUGAUAGCAUAUUUUGGAGAUCAGACAUUUUCUUGGAAUGAUGUGUCAACUAUAAAGCCAUUUCAGAUGCAUUUCUCACAAUUGGUGAAGCAGGACAGUUUGGAAAAUUUCCAUUUCCACCACGCGGUUGACUGUGCUUUAGAUGAGGUCUCGAGACGGGUUGAGUUUGGCCUAUCCUGUCCUUGCAUGUCCGAAGUGUUUUCUAAGCUUGAAACGCAGGCAAUUUCUAAUGCUGGAGUCCGUAAACAACUCAGCAGGAGAAGUGGUGAGGACAGGUUUAUAAAUUCAACCUCUUUUGAUCCACUGAAACUUGUUAACUUUGUUAAAUCAUUAGCACAGUCGCCACUUAUUGAAUUUGAUAGACUGGAUUCUACAAUAGCAAGUGCGCAAUUGUUGGCUUUCUAUCGCUCCAAAGGCUAUUCUCAGCUGCCUGGGUUUACAGUGCUUGAUGGAUUGUAUGAGAAAAAGGAAUGUGAUGAUCAAGUUGAUGAGGAACAACUGAGAACUGAUCUUGGCUUUUCACAGACAUCCAAGUAUGUCUCUCAGCAUAGAAAGCAGCGAGGCAGAAAGCGUAAACUUCUGUCAGAUUUGAUGUCUGAGAAGAACUCCAGAACUCAAAACGGUGGAUUUUCAUCAGAAAGCAAAGGGGGUAAUAAGUCAAUUUCGCAGUAUUCUGGCAGGAAAAGGAAGGCAGCUUACAAUACUUCCGAUGAUUAUUUCCUUAAUUCCCGAAAAAAGAAGCUCGUCCGAGUACAGAACGAUUCUAUACAUGAGAUGUGGUCUCAACUAUGCUUGGCUUCCAAGAACCCUUUAGGAGAAAGUUGCUCAAGUGACAUGGGAAUGUCUUUGGAACAAAUGCAUGACGAUGGUGAGACUGAGAUCGGAGUAACCACUAUAGAAGUGUCGUCUUCGAUGACAACUAUAAGGGAGCCUUGCAAUGAUUCUUAUUGGACUGAUAGAAUAGUUCAAAGAGAGGAACUUUCACCCAAGACUCCAACUGAAGCUAAUCCUCCCUCUCUCGAAUCACAACCAGCUGCUGAAAUUAACCAACAUUUGGAUUCUAUGCAGCAAGAUACUGAUACAAAUGUUGGAUCAGAACCUUCCAAGGUUGCGGAACAUUUAGAAGGUAGUUCCAAUGAGGGCAUUUCCCCCACUGCUCUGACUCUGAAAUUUACAAGUUUGGAUUCUGUUCCUUCCAUAGCAGAUCUCAACAAGAUUUUUGAACGCUUCGGGCCCUUGAUUGAAUCGAAGACUGAACUGUUAGAGAAGACUAACCGUGCUAGAGUGGUUUUCAGAAGACGUUCUGAUGCAGAAACUGCCUUUAGUAGUGCUGGAAAAUACAGCAUAUUUGGACCUUCACUUGUUAGUUACCGCCUCAAGAUUUUACCUCAGAAGCCCAAAAAAACAGGAAAGCGAGGCAGGAAAAGCAAAAAGGAAACUAGUUCUGCAGUUUAAUACCAAGGUAUUGAUCCUUGGACUUUGAAUAGUUGGUGUGUGAAUACACCAAUUAUAGCUAAAUAGGAGUAUUAUGCUAAGCAUAGUGCGGCUAGUAUGCCAAUAGAUAGAACUUCGUAGCAGACUAAUUUAUAUGUUUAGAGAUUUUGGGGUAGUAUCAAUUCUUUUUAAUCAUUAUGGUGCAGAUAUUUUGGGACUAAUUUUAUAAAGUGCUGAUAGGUUCAGCUGGUA